AUGGCACAGGCUAAGCCUUUGAGCGAGAUUCCACGAGCAUACGAGCCGCAGAGCGUCGAGCAGCGCAUCUACGACUUCUGGUCUGAUGGCGGAUAUUUUACGCCGGAGAUCGACCAUGAACGCGAGCCGUUCACGGUUAUCAUGCCACCGCCCAAUGUUACCGGCGAGUUGCACAUGGGGCACGCGCUUACGAUUGCGCUUGAGGACCUGAUGGUGCGCUGGCAUCGAAUGAAGGGCAACCCCGCGUUAUAUCUACCCGGCUCGGACCACGCGGGUAUCGCUACGCAGGUGGUUGUGGAGCGAAUGCUCGCGGGUGAAGGCGUAACUCGCCAUGACUUAGGGCGCGACGGGUUCAACGAAACAGUGUGGCAGUGGGUAGAUAGGUAUGGCAGCAGGAUAUACGAGCAGACGAGCGAAUAG